UUCCACAGCUACGGUGAGUGUUCAUCUCGGACCACUCCCCUCCUCUGAUGUGAUGACCAACACUGUUGUUGAACCUCUUCACUAUCCAACAUGUUUGUUUUCAAACAAUGUAAAAACAGUUUUGUGAAUAAAGGAGCACAUAGGCUUUUAUAGUGCACUCCGUUUUGACCAGUGCUCAUACAAAAGUAGGGCACUAUUUAAGAGGAUAGGCUCUGGUCAAAAGUAGUGCACUAUGUAGGGAAUAAGAUAUCAUUUGGGACGCAUCUAAUAGAAAUGUCCAUCAAUCAAAUGUAUUUUAUAUUGCCCUUUUUUUUAUGAGCAGUUUUUACAGAAUGUAAAGAAAGAACAUGUUCUGUUUGUUCAGCAGGACUCCUUUAGAGGUGGACCCAGGACCAGAGCUGGACCUGGAUGGCUUCGGCAGCAGAUACACGGCACCGCUACAGUACAUUACCUGGAGGAAGAUGUUCAGGUCUCUGAAACCUGGUAAGACGCCUAGUUCCAGGACGCGUCCCCAAAUACCACCCUAUUCCCUGGAUGGUGCACUACGUUUCACCAGGGCCCCCGACCGUGUGCCUGUCUUUAUUGCACUACGUUUCACCAGGGCCCCCGACCGUGUGCCUGUCUUUAUUGCACUACGUUUCACCAGGGCCCCCGACCGUGUGCCUGUCUUUAUUGCACUACGUUUCACCAGCGACCGUGUGCCUGUCUUUAUUGCACUCUCACCCGCAUUUUGAUUUUUCUUCUUCCUGCCACUGAUUCUGCUGAUUAGCCGUAGACUUACAGACAACAACACGCAAAUAGAAGUACAAAUAUAUCCAGACGUCUUAAUAGAAGUAAGCCGUACAAAUACAUCCAGACGUGUUUAUAGAAGUAAGCCGUACAAAUAUAUUCAGACUUAGAAGCACAUCAUAUAAAGUAGUAACUCAGUAACCUGGGGCGUAGUUCCUCUAGCUCAACCUAAGAAAACAUUGAACCUCUUCCCCUACCAGACAUAUAGACAACAACAUGUUACUAGGAAACAUUGAACCUCUUCCCUCUACCAGACAUAUAGACAACAACAUGUUACUAGGAAACAUUGAACCUCUUCCCCCUACCAGACAUAUAGACAACAACAUGUUAAUAGGAAACAUUGAACCUCUUCCCUCUACCAGACAUAUAGACAACAACAUGUUAACAGGAAACAUUGAACCUCUUCCCCCUACCAGACAUAUAGACAACAACAUGUUAACAGGAAACAUUGAACCUCUUCCCUCUACCAGACAUAUAGACAACAACAUGUUAAUAGGAAACAUUGAACCUCUUCCCUCUACCAGACAUAUAGACAACAUGUUAACAGGAAACAUUGAACCUCUUCCCCCUACCAGACAUAUAGACAACAACAUGUUAACAGGAAACAUUGAACCUCUUCCCUCUACCAGACAUAUAGACAACAACAUGUUAAUAGGAAACAUUGAACCUCUUCCCUCUACCAGACAUAUAGACAACAACAUGUUAACAGGAAACAUUGAACCUCUUACCCCUACCAGACAUAUAGACAACAACAUGUUAACAGGAAACAUUGAACCUCUUUCCCCUACCAGACAUAUAGACAACAACAUGUUAACAGGAAACAUUGAACCUCUUCCCCCUACCAGACAUAUAGACAACAACAUGUUAACAGGAAACAUUGAACCUCUUCCCCCUACCAGACAUAUAGACAACAACAUGUUAACAGGAAACAUUGAACCUCUUCCCCCUACCAGACAUAUAGACAACAACAUGUUAACAGGAAACAUUGAACCUCUUCCCUCUACCAGACAUAUAGACAACAACAUGUUAACAGGAAACAUUGAACCUCUUCCCUCUACCAGACAUAUAGACAACAACAUGUUACUAGGAAACAUUGAACCUCUUCCCCCUACCAGACAUAUAGACAACAACAUGUUACUAGGAAACAUUGAACCUCUUCCCCCUACCAGACAUAUAGACAACAACAUGUUAACAGGAAACAUUGAACCUCUUCCCUCUACCAGACAUAUAGACAACAACAUGUUAACAGGAAACAUUGAACCUCUUCCCCCUACCAGACAUAUAGACAACAACAUGUUAACAGGAAACAUUGAACCUCUUCCCUCUACCAGACAUAUAGACAACAACAUGUUAAUAGGAAACAUUGAACCUCUUCCCUCUACCAGACAUAUAGACAACAACAUGUUAACAGGAAACAUUGAACCUCUUCCCCCUACCAGACAUAUAGACAACAACAUGUUAACAGGAAACAUUGAACCUCUUCCCUCUACCAGACAUAUAGACAACAACAUGUUAACAGGAAACAUUGAACCUCUUCCCCCUACCAGACAUAUAGACAACAACAUGUUAACAGGAAACAUUGAACCUCUUCCCCCUACCAGACAUAUAGACAACAACAUGUUAACAGGAAACAUUGAACCUCUUCCCCCUACCAGACAUAUAGACAACAACAUGUUAACAGGAAACAUUGAACCUCUUCCCCCUACCAGACAUAUAGACAACAACAUGUUAACAGGAAACAUUGAACCUCUUCCCCCUACCAGACAUAUAGACAACAACAUGUUAACAGGAAACAUUGAACCUCUUCCCUCUACCAGACAUAUAGACAACAACAUGUUAACAGGAAACAUUGAACCUCUUCCCCCUACCAGACAUAUAGACAACAACAUGUUAACAGGAAACAUUGAACCUCUUCCCUCUACCAGACAUAUAGACAACAACAUGUUACUAGGAAACAUUGAACCUCUUCCCUCUACCAGACAUAUAGACAACAACAUGUUAACAGGAAACAUUGAACCUAUUCCCUCUACCAGACAUAUAGACAACAACAUGUUACUAGGAAACAUUGAACCUCUUCCCUCUACCAGACAUAUAGACAACAACAUGUUAACAGGAAACAUUGAACCUCUUCCCUCUACCAGACAUAUAGACAACAACAUGUUAACAGGAAACAUUGAACCUCUUCCCUCUACCAGACAUAUAGACAACAACAUGUUAACAGGAAACAUUGAACCUCUUCCCCCUACCAGACAUAUAGACAACAACAUGUUAACAGGAAACAUUGAACCUCUUCCCUCUACCAGACAUAUAGACAACAACAUGUUACUAGGAAACAUUGAACCUCUUCCCUCUACCAGACAUAUAGACAACAACAUGUUACUAGGAAACAUUGAACCUCUUCCCUCUACCAGACAUAUAGACAGCAACAUGUUACUAGGAAACAUUGAACCUCUUCCCCCUACCAGACAUAUAGACAACAACAUGUUAACAGGAAACAUUGAACCUCUUCCCUCUACCAGACAUAUAGACAACAACAUGUUAACAGGAAACAUUGAACCUCUUCCCUCUACCAGACAUAUAGACAACAACAUGUUAACAGGAAACAUUGAACCUCUUCCCUCUACCAGACAUAUAGACAACAACAUGUUACUAGGAAACAUUGAACCUCUUCCCUCUACCAGACAUAUAGACAACAACAUGUUAACAGGAAACAUUGAACCUCUUCCCUCUACCAGACAUAUAGACAACAACAUGUUAACAGGAAACAUUGAACCUCUUCCCUCUACCAGACAUAUAGACAACAACAUGUUAACAGGAAACAUUGAACCUCUUCCCUCUACCAGACAUAUAGACAACAACAUGUUAACAGGAAACAUUGAACCUCUUCCCUCUACCAGACAUAUAGACAACAACAUGUUACUAGGAAACAUUGAACCUCUUCCCUCUACCAGACAUAUAGACAACAACAUGUUACUAGGAAACAUUGAACCUCUUCCCUCUACCAGACAUAUAGACAACAACAUGUUAACAGGAAACAUUGAACCUCUUCCCUCUACCAGACAUAUAGACAACAACAUGUUAACAGGAAACAUUGAACCUCUUCCCUCUACCAGACAUAUAGACAACAACAUGUUACUAGGAAACAUUGAACCUCUUCCCUCUACCAGACAUAUAGACAACAACAUGUUACUAGGAAACAUUGAACCUCUUCCCUCUACCAGACAUAUAGACAACAACAUGUUACUAGGAAACAUUGAACCUCUUCCCUCUACCAGACAUAUAGACAACAACAUGUUACUAGGAAACAUUGAACCUCUUCCCCCUACCAGACAUAUAGACAACAACAUGUUAACAGGAAACAUUGAACCUCUUCCCUCUACCAGACAUAUAGACAACAACAUGUUACUAGGAAACAUUGAACCUCUUCCCUCUACCAGACAUAUAGACAACAACAUGUUACUAGGAAACAUUGAACCUCUUCCCCCUACCAGACAUAUAGACAACAACAUGUUAACAGGAAACAUUGAACCUCUUCCCUCUACCAGACAUAUAGACAACAACAUGUUAACAGGAAACAUUGAACCUCUUCCCCCUACCAGACAUAUAGACAACAACAUGUUAACAGGAAACAUUGAACCUCUUCCCUCUACCAGACAUAUAGACAACAACAUGUUACUAGGAAACAUUGAACCUCUUCCCUCUACCAGACAUAUAGACAACAACAUGUUAACAGGAAACAUUGAACCUCUUCCCUCUACCAGACAUAUAGACAACAACAUGUUACUAGGAAACAUUGAACCUCUUCCCUCUACCAGACAUAUAGACAACAACAUGUUAACAGGAAACAUUGAACCUCUUCCCUCUACCAGACAUAUAGACAACAACAUGUUAACAGGAAACAUUGAACCUCUUCCCUCUACCAGACAUAUAGACAACAACAUGUUAACAGGAAACAUUGAACCUCUUCCCCCUACCAGACAUAUAGACAACAACAUGUUAACAGGAAACAUUGAACCUCUUCCCUCUACCAGACAUAUAGACAACAACAUGUUACUAGGAAACAUUGAACCUCUUCCCUCUACCAGACAUAUAGACAACAACAUGUUACUAGGAAACAUUGAACCUCUUCCCUCUACCAGACAUAUAGACAGCAACAUGUUACUAGGAAACAUUGAACCUCUUCCCCCUACCAGACAUAUAGACAACAACAUGUUAACAGGAAACAUUGAACCUCUUCCCUCUACCAGACAUAUAGACAACAACAUGUUAACAGGAAACAUUGAACCUCUUCCCUCUACCAGACAUAUAGACAACAACAUGUUAACAGGAAACAUUGAACCUCUUCCCUCUACCAGACAUAUAGACAACAACAUGUUACUAGGAAACAUUGAACCUCUUCCCUCUACCAGACAUAUAGACAACAACAUGUUAACAGGAAACAUUGAACCUCUUCCCUCUACCAGACAUAUAGACAACAACAUGUUAACAGGAAACAUUGAACCUCUUCCCUCUACCAGACAUAUAGACAACAACAUGUUAACAGGAAACAUUGAACCUCUUCCCUCUACCAGACAUAUAGACAACAACAUGUUAACAGGAAACAUUGAACCUCUUCCCUCUACCAGACAUAUAGACAACAACAUGUUACUAGGAAACAUUGAACCUCUUCCCUCUACCAGACAUAUAGACAACAACAUGUUACUAGGAAACAUUGAACCUCUUCCCUCUACCAGACAUAUAGACAACAACAUGUUAACAGGAAACAUUGAACCUCUUCCCUCUACCAGACAUAUAGACAACAACAUGUUAACAGGAAACAUUGAACCUCUUCCCUCUACCAGACAUAUAGACAACAACAUGUUACUAGGAAACAUUGAACCUCUUCCCUCUACCAGACAUAUAGACAACAACAUGUUACUAGGAAACAUUGAACCUCUUCCCUCUACCAGACAUAUAGACAACAACAUGUUACUAGGAAACAUUGAACCUCUUCCCUCUACCAGACAUAUAGACAACAACAUGUUACUAGGAAACAUUGAACCUCUUCCCUCUACCAGACAUAUAGACAACAACAUGUUACUAGGAAACAUUGAACCUCUUCCCUCUACCAGACAUAUAGACAACAACAUGUUACUAGGAAACAUUGAACCUCUUCCCUCUACCAGACAUAUAGACAACAACAUGUUACUAGGAAACAUUGAACCUCUUCCCUCUACCAGACAUAUAGACAACAACAUGUUACUAGGAAACAUUGAACCUCUUCCCUCUACCAGACAUAUAGACAACAACAUGUUACUAGGAAACAUUGAACCUCUUCCCUCUACCAGACAUAUAGACAACAACAUGUUACUAGGAAACAUUGAACCUCUUCCCUCUACCAGACAUAUAGACAACAACAUGUUACUAGGAAACAUUGAACCUCUUCCCUCUACCAGACAUAUAGACAACAACAUGUUAACAGGAAACAUUGAACCUCUUCCCUCUACCAGACAUAUAGACAACAACAUGUUACUAGGAAACAUUGAACCUCUUCCCUCUACCAGACAUAUAGACAACAACAUGUUACUAGGAAACAUUGAACCUCUUCCCUAUACCAGACAUAUAGACAACAACAUGUUACUAGGAAACAUUGAACCUCUUCCCUCUACCAGACAUAUAGACAACAACAUGUUACUAGGAAACAUUGAACCUCUUCCCUCUACCAGACAUAUAGACAACAACAUGUUACUAGGAAACAUUGAACCUCUUCCCUCUACCAGACAUAUAGACAACAACAUGUUACUAGCAAACAUUGAACCUCUUCCCUCUACCAGACAUAUAGACAACAACAUGUUAACAGGAAACAUUGAACCUCUUCCCCCUACCAGACAUAUAGACAACAACAUGUUACUAGGAAACAUUGAACCUCUUCCCCCUACCAGACAUAUAGACAACAACAUGUUACUAGGAAACAUUGAACCUCUUCCCUCUACCAGACAUAUAGACAACAACAUGUUACUAGGAAACAUUGAACCUCUUCCCUCUACCAGACAUAUAGACAACAACAUGUUACUAGGAAACAUUGAACCUCUUCCCUCUACCAGACAUAUAGACAACAACAUGUUACUAGGAAACAUUGAACCUCUUCCCUCUACCAGACAUAUAGACAACAACAUGUUAAUAGGAAACAUUUAACCUUAAUACUUGUUUUCCCCUCAUCAAUCUACACACAAUACCCCAUAAUGACAGUGAAAACAGGUUUUUAGAUUUUUACAAUUUUUUUAUUUUCUAUGUGUGUCUCUUCAGGGCUCACUGGAAAAAGAGACUUCGGCCUCAAUGUUGACAUCCCUGUAAAAAAGAAAGGUGAAAUAAAUACAAUAACAAGAUUGGAAAGUCCAACUGAAAAGCAUUGAACCUCCAUGUGACCCUUCUCCCCUCAGGUCCAACUGAAAAGCAUUGAACCUCCAUGUAACCCUUCUCCCCUCAGGUCCAACUGAAAAGCAUUGAACCUCCAUGUAACCCUUCUCCCCUCAGGUCCAACUGAAAAGCAUUGAACCUCCAUGUAACCCUUCUCCCCUCAGGUCCAACUGAAAAGCAUUGAACCUUCAUGUAACCCUUCUCCCCUCAGGUCCAACUGAAAAGCAUUGAACCUCCAUGUAACCCUUCUCCCCUCAGGUCCAACUGAAAAGCAUUGAACCUCCAUGGGACCCUUCUCCCCUCACGUCCAACUGAAAAGCAUUGAACCUCCAUGUAACCCUUCUCCCCUCAGGUCUGGCCCGGGUAACGUUUGAUGUGGACACGGCCCACCCCAGUGUCUAUGUAACCCCUCUCCCCUCAGGUCUGGCCCCGGUAACGUUUGAUGUGGACACGGCCCACCCCAGUGUCUAUGUGUCCAGAGACAGAACCGUAGCAGUAGACUGUGAUGGCAUGGUCUCCUACCCGUCCAACCCUAAGAGGUUCCUUCAGUGUGUCAACGUGCUGGGUGCUCAGAGCUUCCAAGCUGGACGCCACUACUGGGAGGUAGGGUGGCAUAUAUAGUGCAGACCCCUAGACUUUUUCCACAUUUUGUUACGUUACAGCCUUAUUCUAAAAUUGAUUAAAUAGUUUUCCCCCCCCUCAUCAAUCUACCCGAUAAUGACAAAGCAAAAACAGGUUGUUAGAAAUGUUUGCAAAUUUAUUAGAAAUAAAAAAAACGUUUACAUUUACGUAAGUAUUCAGACCCUUUACUCAGUACUUUGUUGAAACAGCUUUGGCAGCGAUUACAGCCUCGAGUCUUCUUGGGUAUGACACUACAAGCUUGGCACACCUGUAUUUGGGGAGUUUCUGAAGAGAUGGGAGAACCUUCCAGAAGGACAACCAUCUCCACAUAGGAACUCUGGACUUCUGUCAGAGUGACCAUCGGGUUCUUGGUCACCUCCCUGACCAAGGCCCUUCUCCCCCGAUUGCUCAGUUUGUCCGGGCGGCCAGCUCUAGGAAGAGUCUUGGUGGUUCCAAACUUCUUCCAUUUAAGAAUGAUGGAGGCCACUGUGCUCUUGGGGACCUUCAAUGCUGCAGACAUGUUUUGGUACCUUUUCCCAGAUCUGUGCCUCGACACGUAUGUGCCUUUCCAAAUCAUGUCCAAUCAAUUGAAUCACCACAGCAGGACUCCAAUCAAGUUGUAGAAACAUCUCUAGGAUGAUCAAUGGAAACAGGAUGCACCUGAGCUCAAUUUCGAGUCUCAUCGCAAAGGGUCUGAAUACUUAUGUAAAUUAGGUAUUUCUGUUUUUAAUAAAUUAGCAAAAAAGUCUAAAAACCUGUUUUCGCUUUGUCAUUAUGGGGUAUGGUGUGUAGAUUGAGGAAAAAUAAUUUAAUCAAUUUUAGAAUAAGGUUGUAACGUAACAAAAUGUGGAAAAAAUCAAGGGGUCUGAAUACUUUCCGAAUGCACUGUAUACACUAUAUAUACAAACGUAUGUGGACACCCCUUCAAAUGAGUGGAUUCGGUUAUUUCAGCCACAACCGUUGCUGACAGGUGUAUAAAAUCGAGCACACCACCAUGCAAUCUCCAUAGACAAACAUUGUCAGUAGAAUGGCCGUACUGAAGAGCUCAGUGACUUUCAAUGUGGCACCGUCAUAGGAUGCCUCCUUUCCAACAAGUCAGUUUGUCAAAUUUCUGCCCUGCUAGAGCUGCCCCGGUCAACUGUAAGUGCAGUUAUUGUGAAGUGGAAACGUCUAGGAGCAACAACGGCUCAGCUGCAAAGUGGUAGACCACACAAGCUCACAGAACGGGACCGCCAAGUGCUGAAACGCGUAAAAAUCGUCUGUCCUCGGUUGCAACACUCACUAGCGAGUUCCAAACUGCCUCUAGAAGCAACAUCAGCACAAGAACUGUUCAUCAGGAGCUUCAUUAAAUGGGUUUCCAUGGCCGAGUAGCCACACCCAAGCCUAAGAUCACCAUGCGCACUGCCAAGCGUCGCUGGAGUGGUGUAAAGCUCGCCGCCAUUGGACUCUGGAGCAGUGGAAACGCGUUCUCUGGAGUGAUGAAUCACGCUUCACCAUCUGGCAGGCCGACGGACAAAUCUGGGUUUGGCGGAUGCCAGGAGAACGUUACCUGCUCCAAUGCAUAGUGCCAACUGUAAAGUUUGGUGGAACUUUGUGGCAACAGUUUGGGGAAGGCCCUUUCCUGUUUCAGCAUCACAAUACCCCCGUGCACAAAGCGAGGUCCAUACAGAAUUGGUUUGUCGAGAUCGGUAUGGAAGAACUUGACUGGCCUGCACAGAGCCCUGACCUCAACCCCAUCGAACACCUUUGGGAUGAAUUGGAACGCCGACUGCGAGCCAGGCCUAAUCGCCCAACAUCAGUGCCCGACCUCACUAAUGCUCAUGUGUCUGAAUGGAAGCAAGUCCCUGCAGCAAUGUUCCAACAUCUAGUGGAAAGCCUUCCCAGAAGAGUGGAGGCUGUUAUAGCAGCAAAGGGGGGACCAACUCCAUAUUAAUGCCCAGGAUUUUGGAAUGAGAUGUUCGUCGAGCAGGUGUCGACAUACUUUUGGUCGUGUAGGUUGAUAGGUGUGUGUGUAUAAAUCUAUCUACCUACCCACCCCCCCCCCCCCCCCCCCCCCCACACACACACACACACACACAUUCAAGGGUUUUUUCUUUAUUUUUACUAUUUUCUAUAAUAGUGAAGACAUCAAAACUAUGAAAUAACACAUAUGGAAUCAUGUAGUAACCAAAAGAUGUGGAGGUCCUGGGCUGGCGUGGUUACACGUUGUCUACGGUUGUGAGGCCGGUUGGACGUAAAGCCAUGUUGGAGGCGGCUUAUGGUAGAGAAAUCAACAUUAAAUUCUCUGCCAACAGCUCUGGUGGACUUGAGACAGCUGUGGUAUUGUGUUGUGUGACAAAACUGCACAUUUUAAAGUGGCCUUUUAUUGUAUUGUAAAGUAGUUCUGGCUCAGACAAGGCUAUCCUGUUUCUGUAGUGAGACAGCUUGAUGUACAGUACACCCCCUGGACAGGACACUAGUCUAUCUCCUGUUUCUGUAGUGAGACAGCUUGAUGUACAGUACACCCCCUGGACAGGACACUAGUCUGUCUCCUGUUUCUGUAGUGAGACAGCUUGAUGUACAGUACACCCCCUGGACAGGACACUAGUCUAUCUCCUGUUUCUGUAGUGAGACAGCUUGAUGUACAGUACACCCCCCUGGACAGGACACUAGUCUAUCUCCUGUUUCUGUAGUGAGACAGCUUGAUGUACCAGUACACCCCCUGGACAGGACACUAGUCUAUCUCCUGUUUCUGUAGUGAGACAGCUUGAUGUACAGUACACCCCCUGGACAGGACACUAGUCUAUCUCCUGUUUCUGUAGUGAGACAGCUUGAUGUACAGUACACCCCCUGGACAGGACACUAGUCUGUCUCCUGUUUCUGUAGUGAGACAGCUUGAUGUACAGUACACCCCCUGGACAGGACACUAGUCUAUCUCCUGUUUCUGUAGUGAGACAGCUUGAUGUACAGUACACCCCCUGGACAGGACACUAGUCUAUCUCCUGUUUCUGUAGUGAGACAGCUUGAUGUACCAGUACACCCCCUGGACAGGACACUAGUCUAUCUCCUGUUUCUGUAGUGAGACAGCUUGAUGUACAGUACACCCCCUGGACAGGACACUAGUCUAUCUCCUCUUUCUGUAGUGAGACAGCUUGAUGUACCAGUACACCCCCUGGACAGGACACUAGUCUAUCUCCUGUUUCUGUAGUGAGACAGCUUGAUGUACCAGUACACCCCCUGGACAGGACACUAGUCUAUCUCCUGUUUCUGUAGUGAGACAGCUUGAUGUACCAGUACACCCCCUGGACAGGACACUAGUCUAUCUCCUGUUUCUGUAGUGAGACAGCUUGAUGUACAGUCCACCCCCUGGACAGGACACUAGUCUAUCAGUGUUUAUUCUAUAACAGGGUGAUUGUGGUAUUUAUUUCCUCCCUCCCUCCCUCUAGGUAGGAGUGGGUAGCAAGGCCAAGUGGGACCUGGGUGUGGCGUCAGAGAGGGUUGACCGUCAGGCCCGGGUCAAGCUGAGUCCAGAGAGCGGUUACUGGACCCUACGACUGAGAGAGGGAGACCAGUACUCGGCAGGCACACAGCCCUGGACACGGCUCCAGGUGGGAUCCUCUGCAGUGCAGUAGGGACACUUCAGGGUUUAUUGAAACUCAAGUGUAGACUCUUCUUCAGCUGUCCUCACAGGAGAAACCUUUAGAAGAACCCAAUUGGGUUCCAUGUAGAACCCAAUUGAGUUCCAUGUAGAACCCUAUUGAGUUCCAUGUAGAACCCUAUUGAGUUCCAUGUAGAACCCUAUUGAGUUCCAUGUAGAACCCAAUUGAGUUCCAUGUAGAACCCCUUCCACAAAAAGUUCUACAUGGAAUCCAAAGGAGUUCUACCUGGAACCCAAAAGGGUUCUUCGGGUUCUUCAAAGGGUUCUCCCAUGGGGACAGCCAAGAAGCGUUUUGGAACCUUUUUUUUCUAAGCGUGUAUGUGAGACCCGUAGAGUAUUGGAACGGAAGUGGCUCUUUAAAACACAUUGAUCCAGUACUGCUUCACCCUGAUAUCAUCUUGUUGUCUCUCUCUCCCCUCCAUCUUGUGUCCUGCAGGUUGGGUGCUCUCCCCAGAGGAUAGGGGUGUUCCUGGACUGUGAUGAGAGGAAGGUGUCCUUCUAUAACGCUGAUGACAUGAGUCUCCUGUACACCUUUAGCAACGGCCCCAGAGGCAGAGUGCUGCCGUUCUUUAGCCCCUGUGUCAGUGAUACUAACCAGAAACCACAGCCCAUCCAGCUGCUACACUAUCCUCCUGUUGAUCUGACCUAUUAG